AUGGAGAUACGGCCGUCACAACCAGCAGCUAUGCAGUUCUUGGAAGAUGGAAAUUCUAAUAUGAAAAAUGGCGAUUACGAAAGGGCAAUUAAACACUACCAAGAAUGUUUGAAAGUUACAAACGAAAUUAGCGUCAAAAUAAUGGCGUUCUUUGGUCUUGGUAACGCUUAUACUCUCUCUGAUAAAUGGCAGGAAGGAUUAAACUGUUUUAAUGAUUGUUUGAAUCUUUCUUCUAAAGUGGAAAAUGGAAUUGUGAAUGGAGUGUUAGCUGUUUAUUGGGAAUUAGCUGAAUUGUUUGAUAAACUUGAAGAUUGGGGUGAAGCAACACAUAUUUAUAAAAUUUAUUUGGAGAUUGUUACAAAUGGCGAAGAUAUGGAGAAACAAAAGGAAGGGCGCCAUUACUUAAAGGAUUCAAUAGAACUGAAAUUAGAAGACCUUGAUAGGAAAAAGAAGAAUAAAGUUUUCUCUGAAGAGUUUUGUAUCGGCAAAGGAAGUGAAGGAACACGUGUUUAUCUUGGACUUGGAAAAGAUGGUUACGGUAAAGCAGUGAAACGAAUGCUUAAAGAUAACUUCAUCAAGCUUGCACAGCAAGAAAAGAAAAUUUUAAAUCAAAUCAACUGUAAGGAGUCGAAUUAUGUUGUAAAUUCUUUCCACUUUGAAGAAGUUACCGGAACUGAAUAUGUCUAUUUGAUACUCGACCUAUGUGAAGAAACUCUAGAGAGUUUUGUGCAAUCUUCUAGUUUGUAUGAUCUUCAAAAAUCUCUUCCUAAAAUUCUGCGACAAGUGCUAAAAGGAUUAGCUGAUCUUCACAGCCACCCACAUCCUAUUCUUCAUCGGGAUUUGAAGCCUUCUAAUGUUUUCCGAGACGCACAGGGCAAAUUUUUAGUAGCUGACUUUGGUAUGAGUCGAAUUUUAAAGAAUGAAUCUAAUACAUUAAAAAGUGGCACCAAAAUGGGAGCUGGGUAUUGGAUUGCUCCCGAAUCAUAUUGUAAAGGUGAAGAUUCAGUUGAUAAAGCACAUUACAAAAAAGAGUCUGAUGUAAUGGUAGGUUAA